AGCCAGCCAUGAUACACAAGGCGCUUUCCCACUGCCUUAUCCGGGAUAAUUACGCCCAUAUGCUGGCUCGCUGCGCUGUAUGGGAGCCGGAAGGGGGGUCCGAUGUGAUCCGCCUCUGAGCCGGGAAUGUUGGUAGUUACGGAGGCAGAACGAUGUCUGUGUGAGGUGAAAAGCCACAGCAGGUUUGCAGCAUGGAACAACUCAACUCCACUGUGGUCACUUCUAACACUUCCUCUUCUCCUGGAUAUCCACCUCCCGACUCCUGGGACUCCAGAGGUCUGGUCCCUGUUGUGAUGCUGUCCCUCUGCUUCCUGCUGGGAGUUCCCGGAAACAUCGCUGUGAUCAUCCUCAAACCAAACUGGCAGCACCUGUCCAGUGUGAGCCAGAGUUUGAUGCUGAAUUUGGCCAUAUCAGACCUGCUCUGCCUGCUCACCCUGCCAGUGUGGAUUUAUACUUUUCUGUACAGCUGGACCCUCGGCCUGAUGGCCUGUAAGCUCCUAGCGUAUCUAGUGUACUGCAGCCUUUAUGGUAGCCUGCUGACUGUGACGGUGCUGAGUGUCCAGCGCUACCUACAGGUGGUGUAUCUGCAGAAGUGCUUACAUCAGGCCGGGAGGAAGAGGCUGCUGGCUCUGCUCUGGCUUGUGGCGAUGAUCCUGUCCAUCCCUGCUUUAGUGGUUCGACAGGUGACCACAGACCAGGACUGGACACAAUGCAAAUCUGACUACUUUUCCCAAACCCGGAAUGUAGCUGUGCUGCUGAUUCAGUCCCUGCUGGGAUUUGUUUCAUCUUCUGUCGUAGCAUUUUCAUACAUUCGCCUCCACAGAAAAGUGAACCAGGCAGCUUUCUUCAACAACCCACAGACGACCCGUCUGGUCACAAGUAUUGUUGUGACCUUUUUUGUCCUAUGGAUGCCUCGUCUUAUAAUGAAUAUUCUUGGUGUGGCAGCUUUUUCACUCAACAACCAGGGCCUUUUAAAGUUUUGUAUAAACAGCUGGAACGUCACUGGAGCACUAGUAUUUGUGAAUAGCUGCCUGAAUCCACUCCUUUAUGCUUUUGCUUCUAGAAACCUGAAAAGCUGAACACUCUUAUACUUAAAUUAAAUAACUUUACAUUAAAUAAAGUUAAUGCAGAAGCUCACCGUUCUAGGAUGUCUAAUCAUUGACAUAGUAUGAUCAAUGAGAAGCCAGAUAGGACAGUGCAGAACCUCAACAAUGGUAAUGCUUAGAGAAAUAAAUAACUUUUUGUUCUUAUGGAAAUUUGAAAAAGGUGUUUUUGUUUAAAAUAUCUCAUCUCCCCUGUGGACACACAGUUCGAGGGUGUGGUUGAUUUGUGUUUUAAUUAUUAAUCUUGAGGUUAACACUGUUCCUCGGCCAGAGAUGUAAAAAUAGAGGUUUACAAAAGAGAUUUCUUGUUUCCUAUGCAUUAAAAUUUGACCACAUACUGUUUUAGUGAACUUGCAUACAGUAUUUUACCUUAUAUCUCCAUAAAUAUAUGUUGAUGUGAUGCGUGUGUGUGUGUGGUAAGAUUGUUCAAAAGCAUUAUCCUGCCCUGUCAAAUUAUGCCAUUAUUCCAUUUAUAAUAACAUAUAUAUCUAAGCAUCUUAGCUUUUAUGGGGAAGAUCACAGGAAACAACAGUUAAUGAAAAUAUUAAAUAAAUGCUUGUGUUGGAGUGCAUCCAGUGAGAAGAAUGAUCAUUUGUCUUCAAUGUUUAGCAACAGACAGACAUAGAGACACACAAGAGGAAUGAUAAAGAGGGACUGAUAAUAUAAGCAGAUGUGCAAACUCAUUCAUUCAUCUUUUGUCUAGAACCACUGAAAUCUAGACAGACUAUUGUAGCUCUUACACUGCAUGCUUUUUGUGCAUUGUACAUAUUUUAUAUAUAAUAAACUGUUGACACAUGG